GUCACAUCGAUAGAUGCACCCGUCCUAUGGGGUGUUCUCCCGCUCGGUAAUUGAAUUUUUGAGAAGCUCGCAAGCGAAGAAAGAGGAGGCUUUUCGCCAUGCGGCUCAUUAACACCACGUCUCUUGAGCUGAAAGAAUUUUUGGGGGAGCCUAACGAUCCCCGAUUCCCCAGAUAUGCUAUUCUUUCACAUACAUGGGGCGAGGGCGAGGUGACGUUUCGGGAUAUGCAACAUAUCGAAGUCGCCAAGAAAAAAGCAGGCUUUAGCAAAAUCGCCAAAUGCUGCGAACUAGCCCGGGGUGAAGGACUGAACUGGGCUUGGGUAGACACCUGCUGCAUCGAUAAGACGAGUAGCGCCGAACUUUCUGAAGCUAUCAAUUCUAUGUUUAGAUGGUAUGAAUUUUCGACGACAUGUUAUGCGUAUCUAAGCGACGUGGGGGUUUCCGACUCGGACUCCCAACACCCCGCUGAACAGCUUGAUUGGAAAAUGUCCAGAUGGUUCACUCGAGGAUGGACCCUGCAAGAACUCAUUGCGCCUUAUGAAGUUAUUAUCUACGAUCGACAAUGGAAGCAGCUAGGCACGAAGAGAGGCCUAGCCCCGGACUUGAAAGGGAGGACGCGUAUUCCAGAAAAUGUCCUCCUGGACUCGCCGUGCAGACGUAACUAUUCCGUCGCAUCACGUAUGUCAUGGGCUACUGGAAGAGAGACAACCAGAAUCGAAGACAGAGCCUAUUCUCUUUUCGGUCUUUUUGAUAUCAACAUGCCUCUAUUAUACGGAGAAGGGAAUAAGGCACUGUUGAGGCUUCAUCAGGAGAUCUUAAGCACCAUCGAGGACGAUACGAUUUUCUUGGGUGGGCUGGCCCCUAGAAAUUCGACAGUCUUGUCGCCUACCUAUCUAGAUAUGCGGACUGAGAGUCAAAUGCUAGUCACUCCAGGGAACUUAUUUGACGAGUCCUUAGUCAACAUGUCUCCGUUACCUAGCACUGCCGAUCGACUGGUGACUCGACAGUCUUCGGAUAACUCUGCAUUGUGGCCAAGGAAUGAUCCAAGGAAAGACCCGAGACUGAGAGGAGAUGUGAUUUCGAUGCCUAUGAGGAUUGUCCAAAUCGCCUUCGCCAAUGGUCCCACACCAAGCAUAACCAUCACUAGGAACAAAAUAUUUCAGGUCGAAGCGGAAUCAGUCGACCGGAAGAUGAUUGAAAAUCGCAUGUUUGACACUCUAAGGUCCAGCAACAGGUCUCUCUGCCUGGGCAUGCUUCGCUGCGGAACGGAUGGUCAACUUGUUGCAAGAUAUUUCAUGUGCCAUGUGGCUAAUGACGAAUUAUUAGCCGAGCCUCUGCCUGUAUACCGCUUCGUCUCACCAGAAACAGUCUAUUACUGGCCAUACAUGCAGUGCCAUAUAUCACUUAAUAGGGCUUUGCAGUCCACGAGGCCACACUUGAAGCGCCUCCGAGAUCCCGCAAAUUGGGGUUCGCGCGAAGUCCAGUCGGGUAUCACUUUUGGCAACGGAUGGACUCUGAACUCAGCAACUAAAUUCAGGGCGGGCAAUGAAGACGCCGACGACGGCAGGGAGGAUAAAAAGGUUUUUGGUUACCGCCUUUACUUUGCACCAAAACGUGAAUGGUGGUCUCUUACCCUAGGCCACGAUAAAAGAGAGCGAUACACCGUCGAGAUAGAACUAGCACGACUAGCACGACCAGGAAUGCCCACCAAGCACAAAUCUUUUCUGGUCGUUGACGAGUAUAACGAUCGAGAGGGACACGUUACCGAGUUGUGUCAUAGAAUGCCCGUGAUAGGUGGUUCAGCGGAACUAGUAGUUUCAGUCUACUAUGAAAUCGACACACGCCGCCACUGGCACAGCCCAAUGAUCAGGUUCCGCGCAUUCGAGCCGAGCAACGACGAAAACGACACCUCGGAGUGCGGAGCCAGCGAAUGAUAUCUCAUGUGAAGCCCAGGGUCUUGAACUGUGUACUUCGACUGUGGUGUGUUAUUCCUGUGAACAACCGGCUAGUACCAAGGUGUCUUUUCGAAAGAUAUCAUGCAUACCUAUUGCCAUAUCGAGAAUAAAAGAGCCUCGACUUGAUAGGAAAGAACACUUGACCUCUCGAGAUAGAUACGGAAGAAUUAUUUAACAACAACAUUGCUACACUGUUUAACACACCGAAUCUGAGACCUCUAUCUUCCUAUUAUCAAUAGUCAAGGCCGACUUCCGCCGGUUUUGUUGCUUCUCUUUUCGUCUAAGCCUUGCUGAAUCCUGAGAAGCAAUUGAGAAUAGGGGUAAACUCAGUUUCAAGUCCUAGUCCCACUCCCUGUAUCGCGCACCAUCCCAUAUCAAUUAUUUACCUUAAUACCAGAGUCUAAGAAUAUGUAGUCUCUACCGCCCCCAGAUCUUGCUCUUAAUGUUCAAUAUCGCAGUAUACA